AUGGUGAGAGCUCCUUUCUAUGAUAAAAAUGGAGUGAAGAAAGGUGCAUGGAGUAGAGAAGAAGAUGAUAAGUUAAAAACUUAUGUUCAGAUAUAUGGUCACUCUAACUGGCGUCAACUUCCCAAGUUUGCAGGUUUAGCAAGGUGUGGGAAAAGUUGCAGACUUCGUUGGUUGAAUUACUUGAGACCAAAUCUAAAACACGGGAACUACACCCCAGAGGAAGAGGAAAUAAUCAUCAAAUUCCACCAACAAUUUGGAAAUAAAUGGUCCAUGAUUGCUGAAAAACUCCCUGGAAGAACCGACAAUGAGGUAAAGAACUAUUGGCAUAGUCACCUGAAAAAGAGGUUAAAGAGCAAAGAAAUCACAACGUCUAAGUUGAAGACCAAGCCAGGUGAUAGUUUGGAAGAAAAUUUAAAUGAGACUAAUGAAUUUGAAAAUUGUGAAAACCUAGGUGCCAAUAGUGGUGAAAACUUCCUUCAUAUUUUAGAAAGUUCGUCGGCCAUGUCCUCGGAAACAUCAGAAGGAGGCAACUAUUCCUUUACCACUAAUGCUGAACAUGGUGUUCUUCCAUUUUCAUACAAAGAAUUCAGCGGCGAUUUUUGGUCUGAGCCAUUCCUUGUAGAAGAUAUAGAUACGCAUCAAGAUGAGAUUUGCAGUGAUGAAGGCAUGAUAUUGUUAAUUUCAAACUUCGAUGGUGCAUAUUUGCUGUAG